AUGUGUUUCCAUAUACCAGAAAAAAAAAAGGAUUAUUAUGACAUGUUCUUCAAUGGUCUUGUACUCAACGAAAAAAAAGGUAGCUUUCGAUUUGCUUCUAAUUUCCCAAAACUCCCUGUUUCAGGUUACUGCCGAUGCAUAUAUUUGAAUAUCUAG